ACGCCCAUUUCUGACAAAACGAAACUUUAGAGGACGUACGGAAAUGAAAAGACAGCCGCCGGUAACACCGCCGCUGCAGCAGAGAGGACCUCUGGGCUUCUCCUUUUGUAAAACACCGAGGGAAAAAAGGGUCGCACUCAGCUGGACAUCUCUGAAGUCUGAAGAUGAAGUGUUCUUGUGGCCAUAAUGUUGUGGAGAAAACAGCCAAGUUCUGCAGUGAAUGUGGCAAGAAGCUGUCUGUCCAACCUGCAAACACACAAGAUACAAACGAUCAGCCCAAAUCCUUGGUAGCAGACACAGAGGCUGAGAAAUCGGUGUCUCCUGUGGACAGCAAGGACUCCAAUAAAUCCCCCAAACGUCCGAAUGAUGAGACCAUCAGCAAUCCAAAGAAAAGGAAAAAAAAGAGGAAGAAGAACAAAAAGAAGAAAGAUGGCACCUUGUCUUUAGAACAAGAUCCAAGCCAGUCUGACCUGUCCCAUGUCUCCCUGAGAGACAACCAGGGGCAGACGACGAAGGGCGAAAGAGAGUCCUCUGACAGUGAAAGCUCAGAUAAUGCAAUGGAUGAAACACCAGAAUCACUCCAAGAUGGGCUUUCCCAAGAGAGCCAGCCUAGUUCCUUAGCAGCUAACACUCCUGCUGCACCAUCUGAACAACUCAUCCAAGGUGAAACGACUGCUGCCCCAAUGGAGACCACAAGCUCUGAGGAAGCUCCGGGUAACCCUGAUGAGGGAGAGAGCAGUGCACCGAAAUCAACUGAGGAUCAAAGACUCAAGACAGCACCGACUGACACUAAAAAUAAACAGCCCACAUCAGAGGACAGCAAGAGUACGACUCCUCAGUCAGAUUCAGGCAAAGGGACAAACGACACUAACUCUAAAGAGCAAAAGACAGACAAGAAAAACUCAAAGAACAAGAAAGACACGGUCUCCACAAAACAACCUCCACUGGAUCAGAAUGCCAACGUGGAGCUGAAUGUGAAACAGACAGGACAAACCAAACCGAAGGGAAAGAAUCAGCAGGACCAGAAACAGAAGCAGGCUCCUGCAGCUGAAAAAAAGAUGGUUUUUGGCCCUCAGGAACCAACAAAGGCUCACAGCACAGGCUCCAGUGUUGACCCACAGGGGAAGGUUGAGGACAUGGUGGUUCAGCAGUCUGGUAGCGGGCAGGACUCGACCGCUGCAAAAACAGACACUGACAAGGGAGGUAAAGUUGACAGAAAGGAUAACAACGAAGCCAGCACCCCAGCUGUACCGCCACCCAAAAGUCUGACCAGGAACAAUACCAUUGCUGCACGCGAGAGACUCACAAUUUACUUCCAUGCAGUUCUCUCAAAGGAUUUCAAAUUCGAUCCAAAUGAAGAUCGUAUCUUCAUCAGGGCAGGGUCCCGCAUUGGGAAAUGGGAGGAAGAUACGGUUGAGCUGUCUGUGACCAGGGAUCUUGGAGAACAUGGUUUUCUGGUGGAGGGCAGUUUGCAAACAAUCAAAAGGGAAGCUGAGUCUGUGUCGAUACCGUACAAAUAUGUUGUCUACAACAAUAAAAAGGGAAAAUAUGAAUAUGAGUUCAUAUACAAACUGGAUUCUACACAACCAACCAACAGAUGUUUGUUUGUGAAACCCCACCUCCUUAAUCAAGAAGGGGACUGGCAUCAAUAUGAUGACAUCAUCUGUGCAGAGCCAUCAAAGAACAUGCUCAAACGCUUUAAAGAAAAGUUCUGGCCUGAACAAAAGAAUAAUCUGAUUCAAGGCAGAGAGAUUGCAGGGAAUAUAAUGCUGGAGACCAUCUUUGAUCUUCUCAGGAGCUGGACUGAUGUCAAUUUGAGAAGUUUUCUGAUCCAGUUGAAUCAGUUCUUUCAGGUUUAUGGAGAACCUUUUGUGUAUGAAGAACAAGAAAAGAAAUGGAACUCCUUAGACUACGGAAAAGAUAAUGUGAGGAGGAUGCUCAAGGAAUUCAUGCUGACAAACGUGAUUCCUCAGUUGGUGAAGGACGGAGAAGGGAAGAUGCUUUACAUUCAAGAUCCCAUGAGGGCAGCUGUGAUCAUGUUGUGUGUGUCAAAACAUUAUAGCAUCAGACUGAAUGAUGCUGAACUUAAUCGGCUCUGCACUGCAUUGUGCCUGCCCAAACUAAACAAAGAGGAUUUCCUUCAAUAUUGGGCAGAUUUUUCACAGAAUGUCUCAAUUCUCAAAAAUCUGCAAGAAAACUUGGUGUCUGUGAUAAAUGCUGUGAAAACAGCGGGAAUGCCCCGAUGGAUUCUGGUACUACCGCUCCUCCACCUCCUCAAAGGCACCACAAAGCCCUUUGAAGUACCAACUUGUGUAAACUCGAAGUAUGACUUAUCCUGGGCAGGUUUGCAAGGCCUUGAAAGGAGUUCCUUAACAUACAUGAACAGUCAAGAUAAAAAGGCACUGCUCAAUGUGAUAAAAAACUACAGUCACCUGAUGGAAGUGGAUGCACUUUUAGUGCGAUCCUGCUUGUACUUAGUGUCACUUGAUGAACUGAUGGAGUGUGUCAUCAACACUAACACUGAGCUUUUGGACAUUCUUCAUGUUUUCACCUUCAAGGCUCCUCUGGAUAUUUCUUACAGUAACUUUGAGACUGUGUCUAACAUUCUCUCACAUAUCCAAGGACAUCUCAUAGAAGGAAAAUACAGUACAUUUACUGGGGCUUAUAGGAGAGGGUGCCUAUCAACAGCAGUGAAACUGUUGGAGAAGCUCUGCAAAGGAGUCAAACCUGUGACAUAUAGCCAGAGCUACACUGAUAUUCCUGUGGCUUGUAUGAAUCUGGUUGCAUCAGUGUCAAACUUUGUCCACUGUAACAAGCAACAGGAGACUCAACAAGGGGAAACAGAGCAGGGAUAUGAAAAAGACUUGAUCUCUCAGGCGUUAAGCAUUACCAGAGAAUGGAUCAGUCGGUUCUUCAGACAGGGUUUGCUCACCAAGGGUUGGUCAUCUGUGUUACGAGAUGAGACCAAAGCAGAGAUCGAAGUGUGGAACAACAUAAUCUCCAUCCAAUUCAUAGAUGAAGAGUGCACAAAAGAAUGGAGACAGACAUUCACAAUGGAUUUUGAGGGCAAGUACAAACAGGAAUCUGCUCUGGAUCAAAUUGAAUUCUACUGCACAAAGAUAGAGGAUCUCCGUGAAUCCCAUCCACCUGUUGCUGCUAGUAUUGAGAAGUGUGCUCUUGAGGCUGUUACAUCUUUGUGUCAGAGCAAGUCUGAGGGAAAACUCUUUGAGAGGUUCAAGAUAAACUGGAAGUUUGGGAAACUCAUCUCAGCCAUUAUCCAGAAAUCGUGGCCAAAGGACCAUCAAGGAAAUUACCAGGAAGAUAAAGAAGUCGUCCUUCAGCAUCUCCUCUCCUGGACUGCUGCCAAAAACAUUUUCCAACUACACGGGGCAGAAGAAAAGCUGAUUGAGAAGCUCUCUGAAGGAGCCAGGGACAGAAUGGCUAUAGCCAUAUCAGCAUUCACAGCCAUCAACAAUCAACUGGUCAAUGGAAGCAUUAAAACAAGCCUACUCAAUGUCAUUUUGGAGAGGAGAGACGCUUUCUUAGACCUGCUGAAGAUCGAUUGCCUGUCUGAGAAUGAACAGUACAGGGAUAAUGCCAAAAUGAGGAGGCUGUUACAAUGCAGACAAAACGAAGUGGAAGCUGUGUACCAUGAGAAGGAGCUUGUGGCCGUCUUCUUAACAAUGAGCCACAAACUUCAGGAACAUAUGACAGUUGAUGUUGCCGACAUGGAAGAAAGGCAGCAGAUCAACAUUGAGGUCAGCUCCUUGAAUCAUUUCAUGGAGGUUCAUCAGUUUGACCAAAUGUCCUCUCCUAUGGCUGGCGUUGUUACCUACUUCAAUCUGGACGAAGAAAUCAGAGACAUGGCUGAGGUCCUGUACACCUUCAGAGACAGUUACAUAUUCAAAGUGUGCUGGGAGAAACAAGCCAAACGGCUGGCCACUGAAGAAAUGGAAGAUGAUGAUCCUGAUCAACAUGAAGUAGUAGACAUUAUGGCAACACCAGAAAUGAUACAUGAUAACAUUUUCAAGCCUUGCUUUGCUGAUUACAAAGAUAUCUACACAUGUCUGAAGAAUGGCAGUAUAAUGCUUGAGGAGGUAAACCAGCUCUUCAGCGCCUACAAGGGCAAGUACGAAGAGCUAGCGCAGGACCUGGACAUCAUGUGCAGAGUUGAUAAAUCGACUGACAAACAGUGGAUCCACACAAGGGUUCACCAGAUCGAGCAGUACCAUGAACUUCAUCUAGCUGUGGUUUCAGCUCAAAUUAUCAUGACGGUCAAAGAGACGCUUCGACUUCAAGGGGACUUCAGGGUUCUGGAGACACUCACAACAGUUAAUAAUGCAGACUUUCAGAGAGAGCAGCUGAAUCGGAUUGAUAAUGACUUGAUGCAGGCAAAGAAGGCUCUGGUGGACAUCACUGAGCCCCGCAGACUGUGUCUGCAGGAGCUGGGCCUCAGAGGAAACUUUGUAAAGUGGGUAAAAGAUGCACUUGAAGAUAUCAAUGAGCUGAAGGUGUUUGUUGACCUGGCUUCUAUCUCUGCGGGCGAGAACGACAUGGAUGUAGAUCGUGUCGCUUGCUUCCAUGAUGCUGUCCUCGGGUACUCUUCAAUUCUUUAUGAGCUCAAACCAGACUCAGAUUUUCAUGGCUUCAAAGAAGUGCUCAGAAAGCUCUGGAGAGCUUUGGAGAAUGACAGCAACCUACCAAAGAAACUGCGGGACAGUGCACGCCAUUUGGAAUGGCUGAAGACUGUGAAGGACAGUCAUGGGUCAGUGGAGCUGUCAUCUCUCUCUUUAGCAUCGGCCAUCAACAGCAAGGGUAUCUACCAGAUCAGUGCACAAAAUGUAAAAAAGUUGAGUCUUGACACAGUCCUGAAGCUGCAGAUUCCAGAGGAGAAUGAUGAGGGUCGGGAGAUGCGCUGCUAUUCCCUCGAGGACCUGCGGGAGCUGCAGAACAAACUCAUGCUUAUGUCUGGGAAAGGGGAUCAAGGCCAGAGUGAAGUUGAUCACUUUGCAGAGGUUUUUGCCAGUGUUCAGAGACUAGCUGAGGCAUUCAUUGCCCUCUACAGUGCUGGGAAUCCCCUGUUCAGACACUGGGAAGCUCAAAUCAACUGCUGCUUAUGCAGUGAGGAACCCAGCAUUAUGAUGGACUUCAACCUGGGCAGUGUUGUCAGUGUUGUCAUUGUGGAGGGCAGCAUAGAGGAACAGCUUCCUGAAUUUUGCAGGAAAAUGGAGAAAUGCCUGGACUAUUGGAUGGAUUUUGUGGACAAACAGAGAUCCCAACAUUACUAUCUGAACUACUACACAGCUGAACAAAUUGUCUACCUAUGCAGCAAGCUGACUCAGCAAAAUGUGACCAAUGUGGAGGAGCAAGUUCUCAUGAUGCUCUCCUUCAUCAAGCCAAAUUGCACAGCUUCAGACUUGAGGCAGGUCAGGCAUGAACUCCAGUAUGAAAUCCUCACCAAACCAGAAGAGCAAAAUGAGGAUAUUGAAUUCCAGACUUUUGUUGUAGUGCCAAGAGGUGCGCAAGGAGACCUAGACUCCACCAGUGAAUUGGCUUUGCCAAGUCUUGUGGAACAAGCAAAUGGCUCUCAAAAAUUUUAUCUGAUAUGGAAUGCUUAUAUGAAAGACAUGAAGAAUUUUCUUCCGCAAAUUCUUGAUAUAAAAAAUCUUGGAAGACUGUUGGAAAUACUGGCCAACAAACGAGAUGAGAGUGAAGAAGAUGAAAGUGAAGAAGACAUUUCUGAUGAUAACAUGGGGAGUCACAUAAGUAGGCAGCUGCCUAAAGGCCUGGUCACCGGAAAUCCAAAUCUCAUUGUUUGCCCGCACGAUGAUGUCUUGACGUGUUGCAUCUCCAUUUACAUGAGUAGCGAAAACGAGACACUUCCCACCUAUGAUGAGGUCCUCCUGUGCAACUCCUCAACACCAUACGAACAGGUGGAGCUAUUCCUCAGACGCUGUCUCAGCACAGGCUACAGGGGACAGAAGAUAUACUCUCUACUGUAUGGAGAUCUGCUCACUUAUGAUGUGAGCUCUAAAGUUGAGAACUUUUUUCAGCGAAUGAAAAUGCAGAGCAGAAAAGACUACAGACUAGUUGUCAUCUGCAGCUCAGAAAGAGAACAUGCCUACCUUCCUUCAGCCUUCAGCCAGUACAGAUUGCACAUGAUUCCUCUGGAGUCAUUGGCGAGAAUCCAGUGGUAUCUCCACAACCACUUUGUUGUCCCAGCAGAUCAAUGCAGUGCUGCAGCUGUAUUCAAAGACCGACUGUGUGUUGGUGUUGUCUCAUCCAAAAGGGCUGGUGUUGGUAAAUCUCUCUACAUCAAGAGGCUAUAUGAAAAGCUGAAGCAUUCAACAAAAAAGUCAUCAAUGAUGAAAUGCAUUCGCUUGAUUGAACCUAAUGUUGAUGAGAAUGUCAUCCUUCAAUCUCUGUUGAACAUUCCCAAGAGGAAAGACCUCAUGAUGUUCCAUUUUGAUAUCACAUCAUCGGUGCAGAAAGGUCUCCAAGAGUUUCUUUUCAAAUUGCUGAUUCUGCGCUAUUUGAUGGACUCUGAAGGGAAUAUGUGGAAGUGCAGUGACAAGCAGCUGUAUCUAAUAGAGAUUUUAGAGCCAACCAGAAAUGCUUCACGGCAGGAUCAGACUGUGAACAAUACAUUCACAGAUGUGUUUCCAAAUAUUUUCUGCCGACCACCCAAAGAAGUGCUAAUGCUAGAGAUAAAGAAGCAGGAAGAUCCGACCAUUGUGAGCAGUGAUGACCCAUUGAUGGAUGAUGAAGAAUUCAAGAAUGCAGCCUUUCAGCGGCCAUACCAGUAUCUCACACGGUUUUAUAACCACAGUGAUCUUGAUGUGUUCACAUAUCAGGGUGUUGAAGGGUCCCACGUGGAAUGUCUUCAGAUGCUUCUCAUGUAUUGUGGAAUUGUGGACCCAUCCUGGGCAGAACUGAGAAAUUUUGCAUGGUUCCUUAACCUUCAGCUGCAAGACUGUGAGACAUCUGUUUUUUGUGAUGCUACUUUCACUGGAGACACGCUAACUGGAUUCAAAACCUUUGUGGUGGACUUCAUGAUCCUGAUGGCAAAGGACUUUGCCACUCCAUCACUCAGCAUCUCUGACCAGAGCCCUGGAAGAUUGCAGAUGGACCUGACUGGUGUCCGUGAUGAAGACUUGGCUCCUUUUCUGAUCAGAAAGAGAUGGGAAACAGAACCACAUCCAUACAUCUUCUUUAAUGAUGACCAUGUGUCCAUGACCUUCAUUGGUUUCCAUCUUCAACCCAAUGAGCACAACUCUGUUGAUGCAAUUGAGCCCACCUCUGGCAGGGUGAUAAAAAAGAAUGUCAUGACAAGGGCAUUGUAUGAAGGCCUGAAGCUACAGAGAGUCCCUUUCAACAUCGACUUUGAUAGCCUUCCAAGAGGGGAGAAAAUAGAACGAAUCUGCAAUGUUCUUGGAAUCCAGUGGCCUCUUGACCCUGAUGAAACUUAUGAGCUUACAACUGACAACAUACUGAAGAUGCUGGCAAUCCAUAUGCGGUUCAGGUGUGGCAUCCCUGUCAUUAUCAUGGGAGAGACGGGGUGUGGUAAGACGAGGCUCAUCAAAUUCCUUUGUGAGUUGCGAAGGAGUGGAGUGGCCACUGAGAACAUGAAACUGGUCAAGGUUCAUGGAGGGACAACAUCGGAGAUGAUUUACUCCAAAGUCAGAGAAGCUGAAGACAUUGCUUCCAUCAACAAGCAAGACUAUGGAUUUGACUCUGUUCUCUUCUUUGAUGAGGCCAACACUACCGAGGCCAUCAGCAGUAUUAAGGAGGUCCUCUGUGACAAGACAGUCAGGGGGGCAAGUUUGACACCUGGCUGUGGGUUGAAGAUUAUUGCAGCAUGCAACCCUUACCGAAAGCACACAGAUGAGAUGAUUCAGAGGUUAGAAUCUGCUGGCCUUGGGUACAGAGUUCGAGCUGAGGAGACAGAUGAAAAGCUUGGGUCCAUUCCUCUCCGCCAGUUGGUCUAUAGAGUUCAAGCAUUGCCACCAAGCAUGAUUCCUCUGGUGUGGGACUUUGGACAGUUAAAUGAUCACACAGAGAAAAUAUACAUUCAGCAGAUUGUGCAAAGAGUGGUUGAAAACAAAAUAAUCCCUCAAAGUUACAUCAAGUGCAUCACUGAUGUACUUUCAGCGUCACAGAAGUAUAUGCGGACAAGAAAGGAUGAAUGCAGCUUUGUCAGCCUGAGAGAUGUAGAACGCUGCAUGCAAUCUUUUGUUUGGUUCUAUGACAAUCAUGUCAUGUUGUUUGCAGAGCUUGAAGAAUAUGAGAGUAAUCAAAAUGCUGAGAAGAAUGAAAGGCACCCGAGACAGCCUGAGGUCAGAGACCCUGUGCUCUGGUCUCUAGUCAUGGCCAUAGGAGUGUGCUACCAUGCCUGCCUAGAAUAUAAGGAUAAAUACAGACAGAAAGUCAGCAAAAGCCUACCACCAGCAUACAGCCCAGUAAAGGUACUACAGGAAAUCUCACUCAUGCAGGAUUUACUUUUGAGCGGUGUGCCAAUGGGGGACACUAUUGCAAGAAACAGUGCCCUCAAAGAGAAUGUCUUCAUGAUGGUUCUCUGCAUUGAGCUAAGAAUCCCUCUGUUCUUAGUUGGAAAACCUGGAAGUUCAAAAUCUCUGUCUAAAACUCUGGUGGCAGAUGCAAUGCAAGGCCAAGCUGCUCAUUCUGACCUCUACAAAAUGCUGAAACAGGUCCAUUUGGUGUCCUUCCAGUGUAGCCCUCACUCAACACCAGAAGGCAUCAUUAAUACAUUUAAGCAAUGCGGACGCUUUCAGGAAGGAAAGAAUCUGGAUGAGUACAUUUCAGUUGUGGUUCUUGAUGAGAUUGGGCUGGCUGAGGACUCUCCAAAGAUGCCACUGAAAACCCUUCAUCCAUUGCUAGAGGAGGGAUGCAUUGAUGAUGAGCCACUACCACACAAAAAAGUUGGAUUCAUUGGCAUCUCCAACUGGGCUUUAGACCCUGCAAAGAUGAACAGAGGCAUUUUUGUCUCCCGUGGUGACCCUGACGAGAGGGAACUCAUCGAGAGUGCUAAAGGCAUAUGCAGAUCGGAUGCAAUGGUCUUGGAGAAGGUCAGGGAUUUCUUUCAACCAUUUGCAAGAGCCUACUUGAACAUCUGCCACAAACGAGGCAAAGGAUUUUUUGGCCUACGUGACUAUUACAGCUUAAUUAAGAUGAUUUUUGCUGUGGCCAAAGCUUCUCAACGGAAACCCACUGCAGAGGAAACUGUGAAAGCGGUGUUGAGAAACUUCAGUGGCAGGGAUGAUGUGGAUGCAGUUACUGUCUUUACUCAAAGACUGCAUAUUGCACCCAAUCUAGAGAACAUCAGUGCCAUUGAGUUUGUGAGAGAAAACAUUCAGGCAGUUGGACAGGAAGAAGAAUGCCGGUACUUGCUGGUGCUAACAAAAAACUAUGCAGCCCUACAGAUCCUGCAGCAAACUUUCUUUUCAGAAAGUGGUCAGCCAGAAAUAAUCUUUGGAUCCAGUUUCCCAAAAGACCAAGAGUAUACCCAAAUCUGCCGCAACAUCAAUAGAGUAAAGAUCUGCAUGGAGACAGGUCAGACAGUUGUGCUCCUGAACUUGCAGAACCUCUAUGAAAGUCUCUACGAUGCCCUCAACCAAUACUAUGUCUGCUUGGGAGGACAGAAAUAUGUGGACCUUGGACUGGGAACCCACCGUGUAAAAUGCAGGGUGCACAAAGACUUCCGGCUAAUUGUCAUUGAGGAAAGAGAAGUGGUCUACAAACAGUUCCCAAUACCUCUCAUCAACAGGCUGGAGAAACACUACCUGGACAUCCACACUGUCCUUAAAACUGAACAGAAGAGGAUGGUGACAGAAUUGGAGAAAUGGGUUAGACUUUUUGUGUCUCUCAGCAGUCAAAACACAGCCGUAGCUCAGACUUACAAGUACAAACCACCAGACGUCUUCAUUGGUUACCACUCAGACACAUGUGCUUCUGUAGUACUUCAAGUAAUAGAGAAGCAGAAGGACAGUUUGGGAAACUCCGAUCCUGAGAGGAGACUACUGGAUGAGGCUAAACUCAUACUGCUCAAGUGUGCUACACCAGACUCAGUGGUGCGGUUGGACUGCACAGGUCUUCCCAAAGUGGAAAGUGAACAUCUGGCCAGGGUCUACUUUGAAGGGCAGAAUAGCACCUGUUUAGCUGACUUCAUUCUUGCUCAGACAAGGCAGGAAGUCCAUUGCUACUCCUCCUUCACAGAGGUGACAACAUUCUCCAGACUUCUGACAGCAUCUGACUUGGAACCACUGGAGCAAAUGUUGCAUAGUGUUCAGCUUCUCUCACUGCAGCAGUUUGACACAGAGCACUCCUUCCUGAAGAAAAUCAGGAACUUUCUCACUGCUGAAAAUCGAAGCAGUAACAUUGGACCCUGCAACAAGAUUCUCAUCAUUCAGAGUGAUUUUGAUGAAGCCUCUCAUAGUGCCAAUCUCAUUGCAUCUGCAAAGUAUUCAUCCAUAAAUGAAAUCAACAAGAUAACUCAGGAGAGCAUAGGAAGCAAGGUCUUUGUCUACUUUAUCACCAGACUGCCAAGAAUGGAAGGAGGGACUUCCUAUGUUGGCUUUCAUGGAGGCCCCUGGAGAUCAGCUCACAUUGAUGACCUCAGGCGGUCAAAAGACAUUGUUUCAGACAUCAAAACCUUGCAAAACAUGACAAUCAGUCAAAUGUUUGAAACGAAGAUGAGUCAGACAGAAGCCAUGGAGGUGGAUGAUAUGUACACUGAGAAUGAGCAGGAGGAAGCAGAGUUAGAGGAAAACGGUGGUGAUAACGCUGUGGACACUACAGCACUUGUGCGGAGCUGUGUGCAGAGUGCAGUAGGCAUGCUGAGGGACCAGGUGGAAAGUGGCCGCCGCAGUACUCAGAGAGUUGAGAUCCUGCUGACGCUCCUCAAUGACAAUGAUGAAAUAAAAGGCGAAUUUCUGCAAACUGUGAAGAGGCAUCUUCACUCAUUGCUGGCAACUCAUGAGGGCACUAUUUCAUCCAUCAAAAGCAACUGGGUCAUUAAGGAAGCUUCAAACAUUGAUGCCUUGCAAGAAGGAGGCACCUUCAGGCACACCUUAUGGAAGCGUGUUCAGGCUGUGGUCGUCCCCCUCUUGGCACAACUGGUUUCAAUCAUUGACCGUGACCAAAACUUGAACAUCCUGCUAGAUAGAAGCUGUGGUGAAUCUGUCAAGAGGCUGUGGUUAGAUAUCUUUAGUAAUGAUAAGCUGCUGGAAAUCCCAAACCUAACACUGGACCACAACUCUGACACAAGAACAAUCCUUGUACAGAACUACAUUGCUCAAGACAGGAAUAUGAGCUGUAGCAUGCCCUUCAGUUGGAGGAUCAAGAACUACCUGGAGGAACUCUGGGUUCAUGCCCGUCAACAUGAAGGUCACACUCAACGGGAGUUUGAUGAGUUCUUUUGGAAGACGCCACUGGGACGAUACAUUGCGAAAGCAGACCCAGAGAUGCAGACUGAAUUUUUUCACCGCUACCUUCAGGAUUUUAUCUGCAUGACAAUGAACGUGACUUGUGAGGAAGAUCUGCAGCUCCUGUGCAGUGCCUUGAAUUGUUGUGUCAACGAGCUGCGAUUGAAUGAGCUCAAUGCCAUGGAAACAUCAACAUCUCUUCCAUGGGUCCAUGCUGCUUAUCAUGAGUUCAAGAACCGACUUCAGAACCUCUCCAGAAUGAUAUGCAUUGAGCCCCAGGUGACCCAGCACCUCUUGAAGAAUCAUCAUUCCAGAGACGGGGUCGAACUGGUACUCGAUGUGUAUGCAGCCUUUGCAUGUGUGGAAUACCUGGAGCCUAGAGUCCUGGACACAGAUGUCCAAAGACAAGCCUGGCUCAGACAGGUCAAAAAACUCCAGGUUCCCAUUGAGUUGGCCUGCUCAGAAGACAGUGUGAGACGCUAUGGAGAGAGGAGUAAGGCGAUGGCCUUAAGAGUCCAAGCUGGAUGGAAUCGGAUAUUUUCUCUCUCUCUGUUUGUGGAGCAUAUGUUGUUGGGCAUUGAGGAGGUAGAGAAGAAGCUGACACCUUUGGUUUUGGAGCAUACAAGAGGGCUUUGCCAGGUACUGGAAAAAAACUCUGACCUCAAAACUCAUCAGGCAUUUGAGGCAGUUAUUGCUUUGCUCAAAACCUGCAAAGAUGGAGCUGUUGAACACAUCUUCAGGUUUGGUCUUAGGCUGUGCCCAGUGUGUAUGGGAGACCCUCAAGAUCCGCUCUGCCUACCAUGUGAACACAUCUACUGUGUAGCCUGUAUCAAACAGUGGUUGGUCCCUGGUCAGAUGUACUGUCCCCUCUGCAUGCAACCAGUUAAAGAUGACUUCCCCUUGUUUCCUUCAGAUGACAUAAGGAUUCUAAUCAACAAACAUGCUCGGUUCAGAAAGCAGUGCAAUGCUUUCUUCAUUGACCUGGUGUCCACUGUGUGCUUCAAGGACAACUCUCCCCCAAGUUCAGAUAUCAUUCUCCAUUUGCUGUCCUUUCUCAUGGUGGAGGCCAACACUGUCCCCAUUCUCGGAGGUAAUCGACAAAUUCUGACAAAGGUGCUCUCUCCAUUUGAUGACUCGGUGGAUAAAAAUCCAGUGGUUCGAUCAGUAGUGCUCAAACUCCUGCUGAAGUACAGCUUCGAUGAAGUUAAAGGCUACCUGCAGCAGCAUCUGGUGGCAGUUGAGCAGAGCAACAUCUUGGAGGUCACGGACAAAACUGAACUCUACUUGUUGUACAUUAACUGCCUGGAGGAUUCCAUGUUUGAAAGGUUGCAGUUCAGAUCUACUGCAGACCAGCAGGUGUGUCUGCAACAUGAAAGUGCCUUCCUGACUGACUACCUGCAGUCGCAGUCUAAGGAGACAGCCACUGUGGAGUACCUGCAGCAGGUGGCCAGAGUGCGUAUGGACCUGGAUAUGGCUGCUAGCCUCAUUGUGGAAAAACUAAGAGCCACAGAGGCUCACAAGAGUGAUCAAAGUGGAACCACAGCCUUCCUGUCCAGUGUGGUGAACCUGUGUAGACACAGUGGGAACAACUGGUAUCGUGUCUAUUUGAUUCGUAAGAUCUGCAGCCAACAUGGAGUGGAGUUUGUCCUGAAACUCCUCAAAGUGGAAGAAAUGUGCUGGCUCUUCCCUGAAGAAGUUCUGCAAAAGAGUGAAGAAGCCACACCAAUAGAUCAGUAUCUUGUGUGUGGGGAGCACUACAAGAAUAUCAGAAAUGCUGUCGCAAAGGUAGUUAUGGAAGGCAAAGUGGACGGAUUGGACAAGACUUGUGAGGGGUGCAAAUGCUCACCUCAGUGGACAGCAGUUUAUCUUCUGUUGGCACUGUACAGAGAAGUCACCACUCUCUACAGAGAAGCCAAUGUUAGCUUCCAUCCCAAGCUUGAGCAGGUGGAAGCUCUGCUUGCCUUCACCGAGACCUCUAAAUUCCUUGCCAACCCAGAGGUGAAGGCCUUCGCCAAGGCUCUGGUGACCAACCAAAUCGGGCCUUUGUGGAUUCGUUCCGGGACCCCUGGUGCCCAGUGUGUGUUGGUGGACUUAACUAUUCACUUGGCUGCUGUGUUGCUCUGCGGGAACCAGGGGAUCUUGGCUCCCCUACAGCACCUGGCAAUGGCACCUGCCAACAUGCAGGCUGCCUUCUUACCUACCAUGGCAGAUGAUAUGUUAGCAGUAGCUCAACAAGCUCUGGGAACUUUGCAGUGGUACAAUUGUCCAAAUGGUCACCCCUGCACCAUUGGAGAGUGUGGGCAGCCCAUGCAGACAAGUCGUUGUUUGGACUGUGGUGUUUUGAUCGGAGGAAACAACCACAUGCCUGUUCAGGGAUUUCAAGCUGUUCAGUUACAGGGCGACCGGACUCAGACAGGCCACAUCCUCGGCAACCCCAAUCGCAGGGACAAUCCAGACAUGCUGGACACAAAGAGCAUUUCCCCUGUUCCCUUCACUGUUGUACGCAUGCUCACUCACAUGGCCAUGCUGCUUGGUGCAUGCAGCCACCUACAGUCUAUCUCUGCCAUCAUCAAGCCUCCAGUACCUGACACAGGUGUAUUUCUACUCGCUCACCUGCGAAAGGACUUGAAACAUCUUAUAAGUUCCCUUGGUAAAGGGACCGAUGACACAGUCAGCACUGUUCACCUGCUCAUCAGCAGCCUCAUGGAACCCCACCAGCAACAACAAUGGCCUGUUCCUUAUGACAAUCGGCUCUCCACCAAAGAGGCUAGAAAUGGAUGGGAGAUGGAAGUUAGCAAUGCUAUCAUCACACCUCAAUUCAAGCACUUGGAUAGACAGCUCAAGGAAGUGAAUACAUUCAUCCGGGCUGACUCUCGCAUCUCUGCCAAUCCAAUCAUGAAGCUCUUGUUUGGCGAUCCUCGUCUCUUCUUGGCCUCGCUUCCCCCAAAUUCUCUGAUCCAUGGUUCUGCCGUGUGGAGCUGCAGGGAGAAAGUGUGUCUGCUGAGCCUCACCCACAUUGUAGAGCAGAAUGAUGGCAAAGACACCCUGCCGGUGCUCUGGAGAUUUCUGCAUAAGGAAGCAGAACUCCGACUGGUGAAGCACCUUCCUGACAUCCUCACACUCCAGAGAGAUCUGGUCAAAAAGUUUCAAAACGUCACAGAGCUGACUUGUGGCACCAUUGCCGAAUUCCUCCGCAGUCAGAAAGCAGCUUCGCUGAACGUCUGGUAUGGGAAAUACAUCAAAAUCUUCCUGACAACCUGGAAUCAGCUCAGAGUGUCUUUGGCAACUAACGGUGAGAUUAAAAUCCCGGUUGAGUUCUGCCAGAAGGACCUGGACCUCCACAGUGACUUUAAGGUGCUGCUACCACGGCGACAAGGCCCAGGCCUGUGCUCUACAGCCCUUGUUAGCUACCUCAUCGCCCUGCACAAUGACCUGGUCUACUGUGUGGAUAAACACACUGGAGAGGAGACCAGCUACAAAGUGAGCCCUGCGGAUCUGACUGACCUGCAUGUGAUUCGGUAUGAGCUGGAGAGGGACCUGAUGCCUCUGGUUCUGUCCAACACCCAGUACAGCAUUGAAAAAGGCCAGGAGACACUUCACGAGUACGACUUGCCCAAGAUCCAACACCAGAUUGUGUCCCGCUUCUUACUGGGCAAACCUCUCAUCACUCUCAAUGGCAUUCCAACACUGGUGAACAGACAUGAGCGCAACUAUGAGAUUAUCCUGAAGGAUGUAAAGGCAAAAGUCCAACAAGAGCCUCUUCAGACUCUGACCCUGUUUGCCGUGGCUGGGGAGCUGCACUCCUACAGCGAGGUGUGUGACGCCUUGUCCACGCUGGAAGUGGCCCUCGGUUUCCUCGCCAGGACUGGGGGAGAGCCUCACAUGCAGCUGUCCUGCUACCUGGAGGAGGUGCUGCAGAUGGAAAACCAGUUGGCUCCGCAUAUCCUCAAGGCCCUAAGCAUGUGUUGUCUAAAGCACUGUGUGGCUCUGUGGCAGCUGCUGGCCUCACUCAAAUCAGAAAAUAUGCUGCGGCUCAAGAGGGAUCCAUUUGUGGGAGUCUCAGAGAAGUACAAAGUGGCCCUGGGUGAGGACGAGCGCAGGCUCCUCACUGGCUUCUUUUCCAAGAACAGCGCUGACAGUUUCCUGCUGGAGAUGCAUGAGUUCCUGGUGCUGGUCCUUAAAAAGCCCAAUGCACCUGAAACCUUCAGGCCUGACUGGGGCCUGAAAGAAACACUUGUGCCUUACAUGGAGGGCAAAGACCUGGACAUCCCCCUUGACGUGGAGGAGCUUUUCCCAGGGGAGAUCCUCCUGUCCCACUAUGUUGAAGCCUGGAAGUUCAUUGUGGCUUUCAAGCAGGAGCGUCAGAGACAAUGAAGAGGAGAUGAAAGAGUUGUUUUUUUUUGGUCUGCCUUCUUUUUUUCCUCCUCAAAUCAGAUCCCACAGAAGUUUACAAUCAUGGUGAAUCAAUCAUUGAAGUGGUAUGGAUGUGUGAUCUGUAUUUUACACAUAUUUAUGCAGAGAUGUGCCUUUUUAAAAGCACUUUGUUAAGCUUCAUAGUGCCCCAGAAUAAGCGUGCAGUAUUUACGACUCACCUGUAUGAAGAUGUGAACAAUGCAUCCAUUAUCUGUUUUUGUUUUGUAAUAUUUUCCAUUUUCUUAAAAUGUUCAGCAUUUCCAUUGAGUUGAAAGUCUUCUUUCGUGCACUUUACUUGUAAUGUGAAUUUGUCUGUCCCAAAGAGGCAGGAAAAAAAUAUUUCUGACACAUCUCAGGUACAAAAUUUGGAUUACCUCCAGUGGACUUAAGAUCACGCUGACCGAAGUCACUUUAUCAAGUAUGAGGUGUUAUUUCCAUUCCUUUUUUCUAUCAUUGUUUAUUUGUGAUACGUUGAUGUGUCAUAUGUUUGUUGCACUUCCAUUUCUCUCACCUUUUAAAUUCACUGUGUUAAAAAAACAAAAAACUAUAAAGUUUAUUUCCUUUUGGGUUUUUUUCAAUUAUCAUGAUGAUUAGCAAAUUGACAAAAUACAAUCUACUUUCUGUUAUUGUCUUACUUUCCUGACUUUUUUCACCUGUGCUUAAAAAGAAUCAGUCCUGCUUCCAGUAAAACAAAAAUGUCACCUUUUGUGUGUGUUUUGAAUAUUGUAAGAUAAUAAAUAAUGUGGUGUCUUAUUCACCUCAUAUAA